AGCCACAGAAAAAUUCAACGAGCAUGAGAAGUCUAAACUUCAUUGUGAUGCCAUUCAAAAAAUUGCUGCCGCUGUUCAAAGCACCCCAAUUACUGCUAUUUUAUCUGAUGCUGCCCGCCAAGCUCAAGCCACAGCAAGGCAUGUUUUGGAGCUAAUGUUCAGGUCAGUGCUCUUCCUGGGAAAAAAGGGGGUGGCUUCUCGGGGUGACAGCACAGGUGAUGGCAUUUUUUAUGAACUGAUGCUUGAACGUACAUACAAUCUCCCAAGAGAGAGACAGUGGAUUGAGAGGAGAAAUAACUGGCUCUCGGACACAAUCCAGAAUGAAAUCAUUCAACAGUAUGCCUGCGCAAUUCAACGUGAGAUUGUAUCCCGUGCCACAAAUUGUCUGUUCUAUGGACUCACAGCUGAUGGUACCACAGACUCCAGCACAAUGGAGCAAUUCUCCUUGACACUGCAGUAUGUGGAUGAGAAACUGGAGAGUCACUCUGAUUUACUUGGAUUUUACAGUGCCCCUGACAGCAGCGGAGAGACCCUGUUCAAGUGCAUCAAAGAUGUAUUUCUCAGGCUGAACAUCCCAAUUGAGCGUCUCCAUGGAUAUUGUUUCGAUGGAGCUUCUAACAUGUCAGGACGGUUUUCGGGUGUUCAGGCAUGGCUAAAAAAACAUGCCCAGAGUCCCUCUUCGUCCACUGCGCCAACCAUUCACUUGACUUAGUUCUUCAGGAGGCUGCACGUGAGGUGGGUCUUAUCGCAGAUUCGGUUAACUUUGUUCAGGGCGUAGCCGUGGUAAUCCGUGAAUCAGCAAAACGCAAGGAUCUCUAUCAGUCCAUGUUUGGCUGUGAUGAUGUAGUUACCUUACUGGCAAUAUGUCCAACAAGAUGGUGCAUACGAACAACAGCUAUCAAACAUGUGUGUAGUGGCUACAGAGAAAUCAUCAAAACACUGGAGCAGCUUAAGGAGGACAGGAGUGUGAGAGGAGAUAUCAGAGCAAAGAUCAGCGGCUUGCACAAGCAAGCAAUGAAAGCAAAAACCUAUUAUGGCCUCCUCUGUUGUGAAGCAAUAUUCGAGCCAUGCGAGUCGGUGGCCAGGAGUUUGCAGCAUGCCAAAGCCAGUGCACUGGGUGCCCUUAAGUGUGCUGAACUGCUUGAAAGACGCAUGGAGGCCCUUCGGGAUGAUGCAGUGGUGGAUAACAUGCUACAAACUGUAUCCUCAGCAGGACUUAAAAUGCCAGAAGAGAACAGGAUGACAAAAACCCCAACCCGCUAUCGACACACAGCAGAGCCAGAGGCAGAAGCAAAAGUUGCACAACACUCAUUAUGGAGACGAGAGUUUUAUGAAGCUGUGGACUUGGUCAGAGCAGAAGUAAAGAGGCGAUUUGAUCAAGAUGGUAUGAAAACAGCAGCUCUCAGAGAAAAACCAUGACGCAAAAACGACUGACCCACCUUGCUCUGAUGCAUGUUCAUGGAGAUAUUUUGGACAGUUUGGACAUUGAGACCCUCAUGCGUGACUUCAUCAGCAUCAACCUGGAGAGAAAGGCCACAUUUGGAGUUCUGCAUGCAGGCAGGCAGUAAAGAUUUGCUAAAUAUGUCCUGAGUACCAAAGGAAGUGGAGACGACGAUGAGCAAGGGUUGUUGCCUUAGUGGAACAUGAUAGCAGAUCUGAAUCCGAGGGGUCAGUGGAGCCAGCCUUGGUGGGUGAGGGCAAUCCCCUCACGGAGGGAUCAACACAUGACAAAUUUCAUCCCAUACUAUAACAGUCGAACAGCAUCACUUCUUGAGUGUUUUAAUAAACAGCUGGGCUGUCACACUUACAGGGGGAAAGAACAGGUGAUAACAGGCUUCAUGACAGUGAACAUCGGUCGGUAUUAAGGUGGUGUGCUUUGAUCUAUCUAGAGUUGAUGGAUCUUCUCUCAAAUCUUCUCUCAUGACUGUGUGAACAAAGUCAUGCACAGGUUUAUAUUUACCUUGCAUUGUUUGUGUGUAUUGCUGCAUAAUAUUUCAGUAAAUUAUAUAUAUGAUUGCCACAAUAAUAAACCCAGCCUUUGAUAUUACUUGAAUUCAGGAUUUAACCUGUCACACACCAUUAUAUCUCCUUAUAUACCUGCUUGUUUUCUUGCUCAGAAGUUUUAUGAUGUCCGUACUAACUCGGACAGUCAGCCAGACUUGAAAAGAAGUCAUUCAAAGCUACACCUUUAUGUAAUUCAAGGUAAUUUUGGCCUUGUAACAUUAAAAAAAUAUCUUGUUCCUUGUCUUAUGUCAUUUUUAUUGGUACCCUUUAUCUAUUCAGGGGACAUUCUCUAAAAGACUACCUGUCUUUAUCAGAGAUGUCCUGUUCACGUUUACACAGUUACACACCUGGUUAAGGGUCUUUCUCAAGGGCACCACAGUGGGAUUGAAGAGGGAGCGGAGAAAUGCUGUUUUUUCACAGCUAAAAAAACAGCUAAAAUCUAACACGCAAUGCAGAAAAACU